CGGCCCCGCUGCUCUCUCGCGGAUCGAGCGGCCCCGGGUUUGUUCCUCACUCCUCACCCCCAAGGCGCGCGGCCGAGGCCUUCCUUCGAUCCGCGGGAGCCGAGCCGAGGCCGGAGGCCGGGCUCGUGCCUCUUGCGCAGGGCUUCCUCCUCCGGGUUGGUAAAAUGUGCUGCGAGAAGUGGAGCCGCGUGGCCGAAAUGUUUCUCUUCAUUGAGGACCUGGAGGAGGAUUGUAAGAUACUCUGCCUCUGCUCCAGGGCAUUUGUGGAAGAUCGAAAAUUAUGCAAUUUAGGAUUAAAAGGCUACUUUGUCAAAGACAGUGGCAGCAAUGCAGGAGACCAUGCUACAGAAGAAGAGGAAGAUGGCUACUCCCAGGGCGCUACGGAGUCACAUGACAGCAAAGGCAUGGACCUAGAUGAAAGUGAACUUGAUUCUGAGGCUGAGCUCAUGAGAAGCAUGGGACUGCCACUUCAGUUUGGUGGGGUGUCUGCACAUAAGAAUUUUGAGGUGUCUAUGAAUAGUAGAAAUAAAGUUAAAAUAAAAAAGAAAAAGAAAAAACAUCAAAAGAAGUACUUAGAUGAAAUUAUGAGAGAAUCUUGGAGACAAGAAUAUGAAGAGGAUGACAUUCUGGCUUCCGAUGAUCCAUCUUCAGUUAACCAGUGUGAGAAAACCAGAACGUGUAACCCUCAAACCAAAAGAGACACUGAAACUGAAAAUCUUCCUGCUGAAAAUACAUUAUCUCCAAAGCUAGAAAUUACAAAGAAAUGGGAAGAGUAUUGGAAUGAAUAUGGUGGAGGGCUGCUGUGGCAAAGCUGGCAAGAAAAACAUUCAGAUCAAACUCUAUGUUCUGAACCUUGGAACAUUCCUGAUACAAAGGAAGAAUGGGAACAACACUACAGCCAACUUUAUUGGUAUUAUUUGGAACAGUUCCACUAUUGGGAAGCUCAGGGUUGGACUUUUGAUGCCUCACAAACCUGUGAUACAGGUACUUGUGAGUCUAAAGUAGAAGUUGACAGUGAGAAUGAUGAAAGUUGUGUGAAAGCAGACUUAAUUUCUUUCCCAUCCCCAUCUGUUACAGUUGAUAGUGAAAGCUGUAGUUCAAGUGAUAAAGAGCAUAAUGAAAUACUCGAUGGAAUUAGUAACAUAAGUCUGAAUUCAGAGGCCGUAGAACAGAGCCAGUUGGAUUCCUCUGUAAGCUGUGAUGGGCAUCAGGGGCUAAGUGAAGUUAACAGCAGAAAAGAAUGCCCUGCUUCUGGCCAAGGAGAACCAUGUAAUGGAGGAGCCAAGGAAAGCACCUCGUCUGGGAAUAGCAGCACAAACCAACCAGCUCAGGAUUCACAGGAGUCUUCAGAAGCAAACACAGUCAAAGAAAGAGUACACCCCAAUGGUAUUGAUGGAGAUGAGAGUGAAGAAGAUCCACCUGAACAUAAGCCAAGCAAACUCAAAAGGAGUCAUGAACUGGACAUUGAUGAAAACCCAGAUUCAGACUUUGAUGACAGUGGUUCCAUUCUAGGAUUCAAGCAUGGCUCUGGACAAAAAUACGGUGGAAUUUCAAAUUUCAGUCAUCGGCGGGUAAGGUUUCUACAGAAGAAUGUGAAGUACAAGUCAAAGUUCUUGGACAUGAGAAGACAGAUAAAUAUGAAAAACAAACACAUCUUCUUUACUGAAGAGUCAGAAAAAACAUUUCUCAAGAAAAGCAAAACUUUGAGUAAGGUGGAAAAAUUCCUAAAGUGGGUAAAUGAACCAGUGGAUGAGAAAGCAUCACAGGAGUCAGUUUCUCAUGACAAUGUGCAAGACACUUGCACAAGUACUGAUUCAGAGGAACAGGAAAUGUCUGUUACAAAAGACAACGACCCUCUGGGGACAAGCACUCCAGAACCUGAGAAGGAUCAUGUCACGUCUUCAACUGGUGAACUCGAAACAGGAAAAAACGGAAGGGCCAGCACAGUAGCAGCCAUUACAGAUAAGGAAGAUUGUGUUACUCAGGUUACACCAGACUCUCUUCACAUAGAAACUGCAGCUGAAAUUAAAAAGAAGAAGAAGAAAACCAAGAACAGAAAGGUAAUUGGUCUGCCUCCUGAAAUUGCUGCUGUUCCUGAGUUGGCAAAAUACUGGGCCCAGAGAUACAGGCUCUUCUCCCGUUUUGAUGAUGGGAUUAAAUUAGACAGAGAGGGCUGGUUUUCAGUUACACCUGAGAAGAUUGCUGAGCACAUUGCUGGCCGGGUCAGUCAGUCCUUCAAGUGUGACAUUGUAGUAGAUGCAUUUUGUGGAGUUGGAGGAAAUACCAUUCAGUUUGCCUUAACAGGAAAGAGAGUGAUUGCCAUUGAUAUUGAUCCCGUUAAGAUCAAUCUUGCUCGCAAUAAUGCAGAAGUUUAUGGAAUAGCAGACAAAAUAGAGUUCAUCUGUGGAGAUUUCUUGCUGUUGGCUUCUCAUUUAAAGGCUGAUGUUGUGUUCCUUAGCCCUCCUUGGGGAGGGCCAGACUAUGCCACUGCAGAGACCUUUGACAUUAGGACGAUGAUGUCUCCUGAUGGCUUUGAAAUUUUCAGACUGUCCAAGAAGAUCACUAAUAACAUAGUUUACUUUCUUCCAAGAAAUGCUGAUAUUGACCAGGUGGCAUCCUUAGCUGGGCCUGGAGGUCAAGUGGAAAUUGAACAAAACUUUCUUAAUAAUAAAUUAAAGACAAUCACUGCUUAUUUUGGGAACCUGAUCCGAAGGUCAGCUUCUGAAUCAUGACUGUGAGAUGGUACCAGGACAAAAACAUCAUGUAGUGGUCAGAACAUUAUUCAGAUGAGACAUUUGGAAUUUCUUUCUGUAUUCACUGAUGUUUUGUACCUAUAGUCUUAUAUUACCAUAAGAAAUGGAAACUGCCAGAAGAUUAAUGAAUAUUAAUGAAGCAUUUUGAUAUCUUUGGAUAAUUUACCUAUGUAUUUUAUACAUUAGGAUAGUAAAUGUCUGAUAUGGAAAAGGUAGGCUUUCUCCUGUGCUUAACAUCAGUGUGUGUGUAUAUGUGUGUAUGUGUUUUAAUUUUGUAUAUUUUGGUUUAACAUUGUGUUUGUGUUAAAAAAAGAACAUGGUUUUUUGUUUUAAAUGUAGAGAGAUGAGAAAACAAUGAGUUACAGUCUUAUCUGCCUACUUCUGCUGAAAUAAUGUUUCAUACCUUUAUAACCUUUAGAAUAAUGUUCUACCUUUAAGGGUAGAACCGUAAACAGUACAGAAUGGUAUGAAAUGACAAGUACAAGUUCCCCAUCCUCUUCUCCUACCCUUUAGUUAUUUAUCUAAAGAUAACCACAGCUAGAAGUAUUUUGUAAUGCCUCUGAAAGACAGAAAGGAAUCACAAUAUACCCUAUAUACUUCUUUCCCCUCACUGAUGCUCUGUUCAUUCAAUAACCCACCCUGUUUUAUAAAAUAUAUAUAUAUAUUUUUUUUUUACUAGUAUAUCUUGAAGACCUUCCCAUGUCAGUACAUAUAGACAGACCUACCUCGUUGCCUUCAGUGGCCAUCUUGUAUUCUGUCUUCUGACUAUGCCAUAAGUGAUUUAAACAGCUCCCUAUUGAUGGACAACUGGGCUGUUUUCCUCUGUUGAAUUAUUAGCUAUUCUGUGCUGUGAUAGGAUUGUCUGUUUCCAUCCACGCUCCCUAGCUCUGGGCAUAAUCAAACAUUGUAAUUUUUGCUAUCUCAUUUGUGAAAAAAAUGGUAUCUUUUUGUUUAUAUGUGUUUCCUUAAUUAUGAAUGAGAUUUGAACAUAUUUUUAUAUAUUUUGGUCUUUAAAAAAUAAGUUUUGUCUUUUAAACUGACCGUCCCUAUCCUUUAUCUUGGAUGGUUACCUUUUUUUUUUAAUAUGUGUGAAUCCUUUGUACAUUAAAGAGCCUUUGUCUUUGGUAGGUGUGGCAAAUUCCAGUUUACUGUUGGCUUAUUUUGUGACCUUUUUUCCAUAUGUAAGUUUUACAUUUUUAUGCAGUCAGAUCGAUCAGUCUUUUUCCUCUGUUGCUUCUGAGUUUUUGUCCUUAAAAGAUCUUUACUACUCCCAGAAAAUACAUACAUUUAUCCAAGCUUUUUUCUAGAACUUUAUUAUAGUCUUCAUGUCUUGGCUCCAUCUGGAAUUUGCCUUUUAACAUCUUUUUGUUUUAUCAAGUUGAGUGUUUUCAAAUUUUCCAUUGCAAAACAAUAUGAAAUAUAUUGUUGGCAAUGAAAGCAGAAAGAAUAUGUGUUGCUCAGUAUUCAUACAAAAUGUAUGUUCAGUUAUUUUUACAAGUAGGUAAAAAGACAAGGACAUAGGACUCUGGCCAUUGGGGAUUCCGGACCUUUAUCUUUUAAUAGUGUGAGCAUGUUGACAUUAAACAAAACAUACUUUUGGUUGUAGUGGAGCAGAAGAACUUGAAAUUGGGAGAAUUUCCAAUAAAUACUAGAAAAAAGUAAUUAUUAAAUAAAAAACAACUUUGUUGGAGAAUGGAGAAGCAAUACUAGCUGUAGUCUCUUGAAACUUGACAACAUAUGGCUGAGUGCCCUGCAAUACAGAGCAGUCAAGCUGGUCGUUAAGAAUUAAAUUAAUUUGUUAUAAUUUAUAAUAUCGAAAUUGGUCAGUGUUCUUGGUUUUUAUACUUUUUCACCCUGUGUGUGGCAAUUGUGAAUAGUGAAUAAACGUCACCAUUUUUAAAAAUAAUGGCUACACUGGUCAUACACAGUUACCUAUAUAUGAUCCCUAAAAUUAGAAUGUGACUUUAUUUAACUUGGGAUAGGAGGUGAAGGGGUAAAAGCAGAUGUCCAAAAAUCACCAAGUAUUUUUUAGUUUUUGUCACUUAACUUUCAUACAUACACUUUUUUCCACAAUAUGCUUUUUUACUUGUAUAUU